AUGAUUCAACGCCAUGGGGACGAGCAGUCCCAAGUCGCGGAACGAGAGCCUCUUUUGAGUGAAACUGCGCAACCCAGCUCCGACUACCAUGCCUGUCGCAGCAUUCCUGAAGAAGCCACCGGCGAUGGAGUCCUCAGGCCAGUUCCUGAGGUAGACGAGGAGCGGAGUCUAGGACGCGAGGAGACCGAGUCGUUGAAGGAAGGCGCUCAUAUGAACGUGGUCAAGAUCAUAUCCGUCAUGCUGCUAGGCAUCUUUGUCGCGCAGACAGAUGGGUCCAUUCUCAUGGCAACCCAUGCGAUCAUUGCGUCCGAGUUCAACGCCUUGAAGAACUCUAGCUGGCUCAUCAUCAGCUUCUCUCUGGCUGGGGCGGCCACGCAGACUUUGUACGGCAAGCUAAGUGACAUCUAUGGGCGCAAGAGGAUGGUGAUCAUUGCGUAUACCAUGUUCAUGGUUGGCUGUGCCAUUGUCGGUGUUGGCCAGACAAUGUCGCAGGUGGUCUUGGGUCGAAUUGUAUCCGGUGCUGGAGCCUCUGGCAUGUCCGCACUCGUGUCCGUUCUCAUUACAGAUCUGCUCCCACUCCGAGAAGUUGCCCAAUGGAGAGCAUACGUCAAUCUCGUAGCUACCCUUGGCCGAAGCCUCGGCGGACCUCUUGGAGGUUGUCUGGCAGAUAUCAUCGGAUGGCGAUGGUCAUUCCUCGGCCAAGUGCCGCCUAUAACCCUCGCCAUCAUUCUCUGCUCCGCAUAUCUACCCAACCACACCAGCACGCUAGACGAGACAGAUGUCGCCAACCAGUUAAAGAAGAGCAAGUUCAGCCGUAUCGACUUCAAGGGGGCAUUCAUCUUCGCCGCCCUUGUGCUGGCCCUGCUCCUUCCCCUCGAGCUCGGCGGCGUCAACGUUCCCUGGUCCCACCCGCUCAUCUUCGUCUUGCUCGGUGCCAGCGCCAUCCUUCUCGUCUUGUUCAUCGCAGCAGAACCGAUCCUGCCUCUGGAGAUUUUCCACAGCAAGGAUGCCAUCCUCUCGUUCUUGAUUCUGGGAUUCCAAACGGCCGCCCAGCUGGGACUCAUGUUCGGCGUCCCCCUCUACUUCCAAGUGACGUCGACGCCGCGGCCCUCCGCCACCGUCGCGGGCGCGCACCUCAUGCCUGCCGUCAUGGGCAACGCUGUCGGCGGCAUCAUCUCUGGCUCCGUCAUCAAGCGCUCGGGGCGGUACAAGUCCCUCGUCAUCUGGGCUAUGACUUGCUCCUCCAUCGGCUAUCUUCUCCUGAUGCUGAGGUGGCACGGCAACACCAACUUUCUCGAGUCGCUGUACAUUUUCCCCGGAGGGUUCGGCAUGGGGGUUGCGAGCAGCGCGCUGUUCAUCUCGCUUCAGGUGGUCAUCGACCUGGUGCACAUGGCGCCUGCGGUGUCGUUCAUGUAUCUGAUGCAAACAGUGUGGGGGAUGAUUGGGUUGCCUGCUGCGAACGCGAUUAUGCAGACCGUGCUUCGAAGGAACCUUGGGAUUCGGCUGCUUAAGCUGGGAUAUGAUAGCGCUGAGGUUGCCGAGAUCAUAUCGGAUGCUGUUUCUGACGUUGACUUUAUCGACGGCACAAUCGAGAAGGUUAGGAAUGCUGUUGUCCAGUCGUAUAUUGACGGCCUAUGGUGGAGUCAUGGGUUCUCGUUUGCGUGCUCGGUCACUGCACUUGUGCUGGCCGUCUUCCUCAAGCAGAGAAGGCUCGACGGACACAAGUCUAAACCUUGA